AUGAAUCCCGCCCAGUUUCCCAACCCUGGCGGGGGCAUGCCCGGGGUCGUCAAACCGAAUAUGCCGCCGCAACAAAACAAGGAGGGUGCCCAACUCAUCAUGGGCCAUGUUGCUCAGAUCCUCGCGAACCAGGGCCCGUUUGGUGGAUGGAAGGCCGAUGUGCCCAUUAAGACUCGAGCCAUGAAUGUUUACCAGAUGAUCACCUCACUUCGUCUGAUUCAACCUCGAAUCGAUCUGAACCAAGCAGCCCAGGCAGCUGUCAGUUUUGAACAGAAGGCCUUUCAGAAGGCGACCGAGAAGAGCGAUUACGAAAAAGAAUGUAACGAGAAGCUCCUACACAUCAAAGACACCCGACAGAGACAAGCCGCGGUCGCUAUUCAAGGUGGUAUGAUGGCAGGCGGUAUGCAGAACCAAAUGCAAGGUGGUUUUCCUCCUCAGAUGGGUCGAGGCAUGCAGACUUCUCCUGUCCCUGGCCAGCCUCAGAUGGCGAUGGGCAUGGGAAUGAACGACCCAAACCAACAGGUCUUAAUGCAACAACGUCAACAACAGCAGUCUGCGAUGCUCCAACAACAACAGGCUCAACGGGCGCAGCAACGUCCCGGCAACGCCCCCCUCCCGGACGACCUCAACAACCUCUCUGCACAAGAACUCGAACACGUUUCUCGACUCGCCAAUCAAAUGCUCUCGAAGACAUCACCCGAGGAUAUGGAGAAGAUCAAGCUCAACCUGUCGAACAUGAACCCAGAUCAACGUCAAUACUUAGCACGCAAAAACAUGGAUCCGAUGACAUACUUUUUCCGCUCUCAAGCACUGACCCAACUUCGACGCCACAAACGUGCGAAGGAGCUGGGCCGCGCACCGAAUGCCGGCAUGGAUCCGAACAGUGCUGCUAUGAUGGGGGAUCCGGCGAUGAUGAAUCAACAACAACGACAGAUGUUCCAAAACAUGAUGAACCUCCAACGAAACAAUGGGUUCUCGGGUAGCCCUGGCCAAUCGCUUGAUCCCAACAACGCCUUCAUUGGAAAUGUGGAAAAUAUACAGGGCCAGCAAGCCGAUGGUUUGCGUUCACAGGAAGCUGGGCAGCUUGUGGUUCCCGCCAGCUCAUCGCAGAUGAACCAGGCGCCAUUCCCCAAUAAUCAGAACAUGUUCUCGCAGCAGAUGGGUCAGAAUGGCCAGGCGAACAUGAAUGGUGCAGGCGUCGAUCCCCAGAUAUUCAACCAACAGCACAUGCAACAAACUGGCUCAAAUGGUCCCCAGGGACGGAUGCAAUUUCCAAAUCAACAGGCCCAAGCUCAGGCCCAGGCCCAGGCCCAGGCCCAGGCUCGAGCCCAAGCCGCGCAGAAAGCUCAGAUGGCGAUGUCGGGCCAAAAUGCUCAGGCGCAGUCUCAUCUUGGCCAAGGAAGCCCGGGUAUGAAUAUGCUGAACCAGCCGAUGGCCCCGGGUCAAAUGUCUCCAGUUCAGAUGCCUGCUCAGUCCCGACCUGCGUCGCGACCUCCCAACAUGGGCCAGCAUCCCGGUGGUGCCCAGGGUGGCGCUCCUCAGCCUGGCAUGCAAGGUCGACCACAGAUUCCUGCAAAUCUUCCACAGGCGGUCCAGGAACAACUGAACGCGAUGUCCAACGAGCAACUCCAUGCAUUCUUGUUGAACCAGCGUCGCGCAGCUCUGGCCAAUAAUAUGCAACGAGCAAACAACCCUGGUCAACAACCUGGUGGUCUUCAACAGAAAGUGACCCAACCUGGUCAGGUUCCUGGGAUGUUCAACGGUCAGAUGGGAAAUAAUCCUCGCAUGAGAAAUUCCAUUAGCAUGCCGCAGGGAAUGAAUGCCGGGGGUCCGCAGCAACUUCCAGGCGGCCAGCAAUUGACACCCCAACAGCAGCAACACAUGCAACGAGCUCAACAGAAUGAGAUGAGCAGACUUCAGAUGCUGCGGCAACAGAACAAUGGCAUGGAGAUGACCCCGGAGCAAACUACACAAAUGGACCAAGCACCUUUCCCGCAGUCUCUGCUCACCAACAAUUCGCAGGUUCCGAAGAACAUCAAGACUUGGGGCCAGCUGAAGCAAUGGGUCUCCUCAAACUCACAAGCCGCAACUGGAAUUGAUCCAAACAAGCUUCUAACACUUCAAAAGCUCCACUUUGCUCAGAUUCUCAGUGUUCAAGCAAAGGACCCUAACAGACAAAACCAAGGCCAGGGAGUCAUGAAGAAUCCGUUCCAACAAGUACCCCAGGGUCAAGUGCAGAAUGCACAGAACCUCCAACCUGGACAACCUGGACAGCCAGGCAACAUGCCACCCAUGCGGCCUAUCACUGCCCAAGAUAUCCACUUGGCUCGCCAAAAGCUGGGAGUUCAGUCUCAGUCGUAUACCGAUGAUCAAAUCCGCGAAAUCCUCCGAAACCGACAGAGACAAAUCCUAAUCCAGACCGCGCACCAACGAGCCCAGGCUCAACACCCCAGAUUCCUCAACCUCAAAACAACCAGCAAGUCAAGCCACCCCCCCAUGGCCCAGCCACAGCCAUCUGCAGUUGACACGCCAGCGGUGGCCGCGAAGCCCCCGACGGGAGCUGCAACUGCAAAGGCUGGGAAGGGAGCUGCUGCAAAUAAGCAGAACUCGAAGAAACGCCCAAGCACCGAUGAUACUGGAGCUGCAGCUGCAGCCGCGGCAGCCCAACAAGCACAGCCAGCAGCUCCUCCAGCUAACGCACAAAGGGCAAAUGUUCCGUUCUCACAAGAACAAUUCGCUGCUAUGAGUCCUCAGCAGCGAUUGCAAGUUGAGGCUCACAUGAGGCGCCAGCAGCAAAACCAGCUCCGGGGGCCAAUACUCAACAAGGCCGCAGCAGAGGAAGCUUGGAACAACCACCUCCCACCCAAGAUCAUGGAGGCUUACAACGAAAUUUCCAAGAAUGCUCCGGCCGCAAAGCCCGUCUCCGUUUCUCCAGACCAAAAGGCUAUUAUGACCCAGCAACUCCAGGAUUCUUUGGAUGUACUGGGCCGCCUGGAUGUCUUGGUUCUACAUGGCUUUGGUAAGAUGCAGGGCCAGGAGAGAAAUGUCAAGAACCUUCUCGCAAUGCGCAUCCAGUUGAUGCGGCAGUUCAAGCCAUCACAGGAGUGGAUCGUCAACGACCAGUUUACUAUCACCCCUGAUUACUUGACUGGUGCGAUUCUCUUCAUUCGCAAGCUCUUCCAAGUCAUGAUUGUUCGUAUGAACCAAGCCCGACCUAACGGCAACCAAGCUGGUGCUGCGGGCGCCGCCGGGAACCAAGUCAAUCCAGGCAGCACACCCCAACUGAAUGCAUCUAACCUUCAGCAGUUGCAGGCGCAGCAAGAAGAAGCCCUUCGUACUCGCCGUCCCUCUGAACAAUCUGCGACACACCCUGCCGCUCCAUUCGGAGCACCAUCACCUUCCGGAAUUCCUCACGCCUAUGGACCUGGAGCUCUUGUGCCCGAGAAGCUCAAGCUGCCUCCUCCCAAAAAGCGCAAGCAAUCUCACGCUGGUCCCACUGCUUCGCCUGUUCAAGCCACUACUACUGCACCGGGCGCAGCUGCCAAGUCCAAGCAGGCCGUGGCCGAUGCGAAGACGACAGCUGCUGCUCUCGCUGCUGCUUUCAAAUGCAGCGUGGUUGAGUGUCAGCACCACUUCCAAGGCUUCGCCACCCAAGCCGCCCUCGACAAACACGUCGAGAACGACCAUCAACCACAAGAGGAAGAAAAUAUCGAAGACCCUCUUCAAUUCUAUCUCGAAAGCAUUUCGAUGGGUCUGGGCUUGGACGCGAGUGGUCAGCCGAUUAAACCCAACCAUACUACGGGUCUCCCUCCCGCCAUGACCCCCGUCAACAAACCAAGUGUUGCAUCGCCAGUCAAGCAUGGUCUCGCUACUCCAGUUACUGCCAGCACUACGCCUAUGGCUCGUGUUACUAGCCAACUCGGAGCCAAGGGUGCAUCACCGGCAACCCCAGCUCAACAGCUCACACCCAAUCAACCUACUAAGACUAUCAAGCCUUCUCCCGGAAAAGAGGUCCAGAAGCACACUAUCCAAGAUGGCGAGGCCAAGGAUCUAUGGUCAGAAUGUCCAAUGUCCUUGGGUACUGUCCACGACUCCUUCACCCCUGUUUUCUCGGAAUGCAGACGCCGUGGUCUUGGUUAUGACCCCUUCGACGAAUUCAUGAACACAGACAUGUUUACUCAGGAUCAAACCGAGGACACUCCCGACUCAUGGGACAUUGCUCUAGCAACUCUGACGCCCAAGGAUGAGGGUAAAGGUGACGUCAAAGACGGCGUUGUUUGGAGUGACUGGGUGCCUUGGGAUGAAGAUACCACCCUGGCCACUGCCGACUGGAUGAAUAUUCCACCCGAGAUCAUGCUCAAGGAUGGGCCGGAUGUGAUCCCUGGCGUGCAAGUCGACUGGGAAAGCCUCGAUCGUCAGCAGAAGGAUGGAACUAGCUUCGCUCCUCUUCCAAUUGCCCCUACAGCAUGA